CUACAUAAGGGCCAGAAAAUUGAUGUGACCGUCGAGUUUGUGGCCAACCAGGACACUACAAAGGCCGAGAUCGACUUAAUAGCCAAAGUGGGUGAACUGGAACUACCCAUCCCGGCCCCCGACAAGGAUGCCUGUCACUUCAUGAAGUGUCCCAUUAAGAAGGGAGACACCGUUACACUGAAAUACCCUGUUACUAUUCCAGCUAUAGCUCCAACGAUUGAGGCCGAUGUUACUGCCAAACUAAAGGGUGAGCAUGGUGAUCUGGUAUGUGGUACUGUGCAUGGCGAUAUCAAGGAU